UCACCGUGCGUAAAAUGUGCGCUCUGGCGAGGGACGCGACAGAGGAGGCAGGACAAAGGAGCGCCACAGCACGAAUCGGCAGCAAACAGGUUGUUACGCGUACUUCCAUUCUCUCCUCUUUCUCCUCCUCCUCCUCCUCCCCCCUUUCUGUGCUUCCAGACGCGCCAGAUGUGAACAUCUAACCACCUUUAAAGGGCGCGCUAGGCUUAUUUUGCGCAUGACUUCUCCUCCGUGCCGUGACCAAACAUGUUAAGAUUGGGUAGUUGUGCGUUUUAGUUGACACCAUCAUGCCACAGCAGCAACAUAAUGGCGUUAAGGAGCGGUUGCUGCUGCAAUUCCGGUCCAAUCAACGAGGACAACGCGAGGUUCCUGCUGCUGGCCUUGUUCAUCAUCAUUUAUCUGCUGUGUGGAGCAGCAGUCUUCUCCGCGCUGGAGGAGCCGAAAGAGAAGGAGGCUAAGGAGAGAUGGGCGCAGAGGUUCGAGCUCUUCAGCAAGACCUACAACCUGAGCAAGAAGGAGCUCAACAACUUCCUCAGGAACUAUGAGGAAGCCAACGUGGCCGGGAUUCGAGUGGACACCAUAAGACCUCGAUGGGACUUCACCGGAGCUUUUUACUUCGUGGGGACUGUGGUUUCCACGAUCGGCUUUGGGAUGACCACACCCGCCACAAUCGGAGGGAAAGUCUUCCUGAUGUUCUACGGCCUUCUAGGCUGCGCCGCCACCAUCCUCUUCUUCAAUCUCUUUCUGGAGCGGGUCAUCACCGUCAUCGCCAUUGUCCUCAAGUCUUGCCAAGAGCGCCGCCACAACAAGGUUCUUGUCCCCCAAAACGGUCAGCGAGUCGCCGCAAAGUCCAGAGGGGAGGAUCUGGCCGGGUGGAAGCCGUCAGUGUACUGCGUCAUGCUCAUCCUCGGGGCGGCGGCCAUGUUGGUGUCCUGCUGCGCUUCCUUUAUGUACUCUGUAGCCGAGGGUUGGGGAUACCUGGACUCGCUUUACUUCUGCUUCGUGGCUUUCAGCACCAUUGGUUUUGGAGAUAUGGUGAGCAGCCAGCGUCUGGUCUACGAGGGCCACGCCACGGCGGCAUACCAGCUGGGCAACUUCGUGUUCAUCCUGACGGGCGUCUGCUGCAUCUACUCUCUCUUCAACGUCAUCUCAAUCGCCAUCAAGCAGGUUCUCAACUGGCUCCUGAGGAGAUUCGACGCUCCAUGUAAAUAUUGCUACCCCAGAAGGGGCCGCCCGCAUCGGUACCCUCGUCGCAAUGUCGUGGCCCCGGGUCACUUGCGAGCCCGAAGGGAACCUUCCAUAGAGACAGACGCCGUCAACGAGAGCGAGACUGACGCCGCCGGGCGCAGGAUGUCUGGCGAGAUGAUCUCCAUGAGAGACUUUCUAGCGGCAAAUAAGGUCAACUUGGCAAUCAUGCAGAAACAGCUCUCCGAGAUGGCGAUCGGGCACCCACGCCAACCCGGGUCUACUUCACGUCAAAACGGUUUCUCUGAGGGUGUCGGGGCCCUCGGUAUUAUGAACAACCGGUUGGCAGAGACCAGCGUGGACAGAUAAGAGGAAGACUACUCAAAAGGAUGGGAAAACAAGAUCUCCCCCCCCCCCCCGGAGAGUUCAAUGUAUGGACUUUAGUGUAUUUUCCGGUAUGAAUGAUGCAUGACAAGUGUGCUGGAAUCUUACAUGUUCAUCUCCGGUGGAAUUCAGUUGCUAUGGUGAUGAAGAAGCCUGCCUUUUUUUUCUCUUGCUUCCCAGCUUUAAAUGCUUCUGUGCCAUAGGCGACACAGCCAACUUCCACUUCACUGAAUAAAUACUGGACAGUAUCACAUGUCGUUCUGGAUGGUCACAUGGUUACAGAAAAAAACUCCAAUAAACUGGCUUUUUUUUUUAUUAUGUGUGUUUUUGGGUGUCACUUUGAUGCUUUUUACCUAUCCAAUAUAUGCUACA